AUGGACGAGGUUAGAAUCCCACGUAGCUUUAAACUUAUUGACGAGUUAGAACGUGGCCAAAAGGGCUUUGUAAGUGAUGGUGUGUCAUUCGGAUUGGAAAGAGCAGAUGACAUAUCAUUGACUAAUUGGUCCUGUACAAUCCUAGGAUACCCAGGGACAAAUUUUGAAAAUCGUAUAUAUUGUUUAUCAGUAAUAUGUGACAACGAUUACCCAGAUAAACCACCUAAAGUCAGAUUCUUAACUAAAAUCAGUUUAACGGGCGUGGAUUCCAAAGGAACCGUAUUGCCUGAUUAUUUCUCUACACUCAAGUACUGGAAGAGACAAUUAUCAAUAGAAGCAGUGUUAGUUGAUAUACGACGCCAAAUGUCCAACCACAUUAAUAGAAGAUUACCGCAACCAGAAGAAGAAGAUACAAGUAGUACAGACGUUAUAAAUGAGAAUGACAAAGAAAGUAGUAAAAAGGAGGAAAGUAAGAAUGAAAAAGAGGAUUCUACAAAUUUAAAAAAAGUAGAAGAAGAACAUACAGAAAAUAUAGAUAAUAAAAGUAAAAAUGAAGAUCACACAGGGGAUGUGGAAGACCCAGGAGGAAAUAAUGAAGAAACAGAGUCGAAAGAAGAAGAUGAGGAGAUAUUAAGCCUGUUUUUGAACGAAAUAAAUACAAUAGUAAACACGAGUGAAAAGAUAAAUAAUAACGAUUUAGAUAAGCUAGGGAAGGUGGAAUACGAUAACAAAAACAUUAACAUGGAUCCAAAUCAAAUAUGUUUAAGACUAACGUCGCAAACGUUCUCAACGCCAUACCAAGUAAUGCAACUGAAACAUGACGCAACGGACGAAGAAAUUAAACAAAGAUACUACAAGUUGAGUCUGUUAAUUCACCCGGAUAAAUGCCAAAACGAUAAAGCACCUCAAGCAUUCCAAGUGCUCAAGGACGCAUACAAUGAAAUGAAAAAGGAGGACAUAAGGGAAAAGUAUAAGGAGAUAUACGAGGACGCAAAGGCAGUGGUGUACAGGCGGCACAAAAUAAAGCCAGACACGACGCAACUAGAGUUGUACGCAGCAGGAAUGAACAUCGACCUGAGGAAAUUCGAUAGUGAAAUAGAAAAGGAGUGUGUAAGCAUCCUAAAUAAGCAGAAGGAGAGGAGAGAGUACGCGGAAAAGUGCAUCCAGGCGAACAUACAGUACGAAAAAAACAUACAAAGUAACUUAAUGGAUUUGGAAAGAGAAAAGUUGAAUCAGCAAGUGGAGUGGGACAAAACGAGAGAUGUACGUGUGAAUAGUUGGAAACAAUUCCAGAAUAAAAUAGACUCGAAUGUUGUAAAAAUUAAUAAGUUUAAACCAAUAGUGACAAAGAAAGAGAAUAGAGACGAGUAUCUAUUGAAUAAUAAGUCGAUAAUAUUGACACAAGCAGAUAGAUUAAAUAAAAGGAAAAAGAUAGUAAACACAGAAGGAUAUAAACAGAAUUGGAAAUAA